CAAAGAAGAAGAAGUUCGUGAUACCGCUUGUUUGACAAAGUGGGAUUUGUUUUCGUUCUCUUAGCUUAGUGUAAUUCAAUAUUCUAAACCGUCUACAAUGAGUUCUAACAAGCCAGUUGAAAAUAUGGACGUGGAUAUCGACCAGCCCGGAGCGAGCACCAGUGACAAAUCCCCCGAAAAGGCGGUUGCGGGCGCUUCAGGGACGAGCGCUACAAAUGUGAUGGCCGGGUCAGCGACGGUUCCUUCUGUGACGGUGUCCUUGCACCCGCUUGUGAUUAUGAAUAUUUCCGAGCACUGGACACGAAUCCGCGCCCAGGCGGGUGUGAUAAAACAAGUGUUUGGCGCGCUGAUUGGGAAGCAGAAGGGGCGCAACAUCGAAGUCAUGAAUUCGUUCGAGCUGAAGACGGAGGUGGUGGACGACGACGUGGUCAUUAAUCGAGAUUACUACAACGCCAAAGAACAACAAUACAAGCAAGUGUUCAGCGACUUGGACUUUAUUGGAUGGUACACGACUGGCGAGAACCCCACCGAAAAGGACAUCAAAAUACACAAGCAGAUUUGCGAGAUCAACGAGUGUCCGAUUAUGCUGCAACUGAACGCUUUGUCGAGAAACGUAGAUCAAUUGCCAGUUAGACUGUUCGAAUCCGUCAUCGAUAUCGUGCAAGGAGAGGCUACCAUGCUGUUCGUGCCGUUGACGUACACCCUAGCCACGGAAGAGGCGGAGCGCAUCGGAGUGGACCACGUAGCUCGCAUGUCCACCAAUGACAUGGGGGAGAAGUCAGUGGUGGCGGAACAUCUAAUCGCUCAGCACAGUGCCAUCAAAAUGUUGCACUCUCGAGUUAAAAUGGUUCUGUCGUAUGUCAAGGGAGUCGCUGCUGGCCAGCUGCCUCCCAAUCAGGAGAUUCUGCGCGACGCUUACUCACUUAGUCAUAGAUUACCUGUCGUCCAAGGCCCCAGAUUUAGGGAAGAAUUCUACACGCAAUCGAACGAUGUCGGCCUCAUCACGUAUUUGGGAGCGUUAACCAAGGGAUGCAACGAUAUGAAUCAAUUCGUCAAUAAAUUCAAUGUUCUCUACGAUCGGCAAGGAAUGGGCCGCAGAAUGCGCGGAUUGUUCUUUUAGGGUGUGGAUUGUUAGCGGGAGUGUAGAGCAGGAAGGAGCGAUGUUUGUGGAAGCAAUGUUAUAAACCGGAAAAAAGAGGAUUUCCUAUAAAAAAAAUAAAACUCUAAUUUUUGCUUUA